CUUGUUCAUCUCAUUUUGUGUCAUUUUGCAGACUCGGAGAGCUGUUCAGAAGGACCUAAUAUACAUUGAUGAACAGAGAGUCAUGAUGGUUUAUCUCUUCCCGCUGAAUGAAAUUGUAGUGGAUUUCUUCGAUGCGUUGAAAUCCUUAUCGUCUGGUUAUGCCAGUUUUGACUAUGAAGACGCAGGAUACCAGCCUGCGGAUCUCGUCAAAGUGGAUAUUUUAUUAAACGGAAAAGCCGUAGAAGAGCUGAUAACCAUUGUGCCUAGGAUAAAACCUUUUAGGAAAGAUGUUCUGGCAAAAUGUUACGGAGGCGAUAUUACCAGGAAAAUGAAACUUUUGAAGAGGCAAGCCGAAGGGAAGAAGAAGAUGAGGAGAAUUGGGAAUGUGGAGGUGCCAAAGGAUGCGUUCAUCAAAGUUCUCAAGAAGCAGCUCGACAAAUAGACGUUGGGCUUCUUGAUGACCCGUUGACCCAGCUGUUUACAAACUAGAUAUUAUCCUGAACUUGAUCUCAUCUAUUCGUGUAUAGAUUUGACACCAUCCUACUGCAAUUGUUCAAUAAAGCACCAAAGCU